UAGUGUUAGUUCUAGUAAAGUAAAGGCUAGAGACUUAGCUUGGCUAUGGGGCAUUUGCCUAGGGGAUUAGUAUCCUCAGUGUAAUGUUUGGUUUGUGUGAUUAAUAAAAUUUGCCUUUUCUCAAAAAAAAAAAAAAAAAAAAAAAAAAAUGUUAACUUUUGUUAUCACUAAAAUUACAAAUUUACCCCACUUAUCUACUGAAAAUAACAACAAUGCCCCUUUGAUAUAUUUUUCAUGUUAAUCAACUUGGAAUUACCUAUUAGUACAUUGACAAUUGUUGUGAUUUAGUCUUUUUUAUUUGCUUUAUACUUCGUAUUUUUAUUGUGAGUUAACAUUGUAAUUCUUUAUUGUGUGUACUGCGUAGAUAUCAACUAGCUUAUUUGGUUAAAAUCUUAAGAGUGCUAUUCAAAAUUUGAGAUUAAAUUUCUUCUACAUUACUGCUCUUGUCACCUUGUGGCUUUCAUUACUAGCUUAGUUGUGUGUUUAUCGAGUUUUAAGUAUUUGGUAUGUUAUAUGAUUUUCCCCGGGUGAAAUUUAUAAUUAAAACCUUUUUCAAAUGUUUAUUUUGCAAGUAGUUAUUUAUGGGCGUAACUAAAAUACGAGUUCAAAUCUCAUCCGUAUCAUUCUCUUUUGUACUCUAUACACUGUAAUACUCUGUACUUCUUCCUAGGCCCAAACGGCCAACCCUCACUAAAACCUCGUUUAUCAGUUCAAUGUCUGAAUUAUUUCCUGUUAAAAUUUCUCUACAAAAUUAAAAGAGGCGCCUGCUACUGCUGUUGUCGCUGCCGCCUGUAAAACACCGUAACACUCGCAGAUCAACGCCCGUCUUAGGCGGCGGUUACGGCGGCGGUGGUCGGAGAUGCCGUCAAUGGCUAAUUCACACUACAAACAAACCAACGACACUAUUUCUAACAAUGAUUCCAGGAGGCAAAAGAUUUUGGAGCAGAGGAAAUCCCUUCCCAUUGCUGCUGUUGAGAAGCGGCUAGUGGAGGAAGUUCGUAAUAAUCAUACUUUGAUUAUUGUUGGUGAAACUGGAAGCGGCAAAACUACCCAAUUACCGCAAUAUUUGUUCAAAGCUGGAUUUUGCCGUGAUGUAAAGUUGGUUGGGGUUACUCAACCUAGGCGUGUUGCUGCUGUUACUGUGGCGAAAAGAGUGGCUGAGGAGUCUGGUGUGCAAUUAGGACAAAGAGUUGGAUAUUCAGUUAGAUUUGAUGACAUGACUUGUGGAUCAACGAGGAUCAAGUACAUGACGGAUGGGUUGUUAUUAAGGGAAGCAUUAUUGGAUCCUCGUCUAUCUAGGUAUUCAGUCAUUGUUGUUGAUGAAGCUCAUGAGAGAACAGUUCACACUGAUGUGUUACUGGGCUUGCUAAAAAAUGUUCAGAAAGCUAGAUCUCAAUCUGCAAACGAGUUAGCUGGUAGAGCAAACUCAAAUAAUGACACCAAUUUGGAAAAAGACAAUGGGGUUCAAAUGGCUAGCCCACCCAAGCAAGGCCAAGUUGCAAAACUUCCUCCUCUAAGGCUGAUAAUUAUGUCUGCCAGUUUAGACGCACGUAUAUUCUCUGAGUACUUUGGUGGCGCAAAGGCUGUUCAUGUUCAGGGAAGACAGUUCCCUGUUGAUGUAUUUUAUACACUACAUGCUGAGACGGAUUAUGUCGAGGCUGCAAUGGUGACAAUAUUUCAGAUUCAUUUAGAGGAGGCUCCUGGUGAUAUACUUGUAUUUUUGACUGGUCAAGAAGAGAUUGAAUCUGUAGAAGGACUUGUGAGGGACAAAUUGCCACAAUUACCUGAAGGCAAUCGAAAUAUGGUAACUGUUCCUAUUUAUGCGUCUCUUCCCUCAGAACAGCAAAUGAAAGCUUUUAUGCCUGCGCCAGAUGGAUUUCGCAAGGUAAUACUAGCAACAAACAUUGCUGAGACGUCAGUCACAAUACCGGGAAUUAAGUAUGUUGUAGACCCCGGAGUGGUCAAAGCCCGGAACUAUAAUCCACGUACAGGGAUAGAAUCAUUAAACAUUAUUCCUACUUCAAAAGCACAAGCUCUUCAAAGGAGUGGACGUGCAGGCCGGGAAGGACCGGGUAAAUGCUUUCGCCUUUAUACAGAGAGAGAAUUCGAGAAGCUUGCUGACUCCACGGUGCCAGAAAUCAAGCGAUGCAACCUUUCAAACGUCAUUUUACAGCUCAAAGCUCUAGGCAUUGACGAUAUUAUUGGCUUUGACUUCAUGGAAAAACCUUCACGGAUGGCAAUUGUGAAGUCUCUGGAAGAAUUAUUCUUGCUUGGCGCUCUAACAGAGGAGUAUAAGCUUUCAGAUCCUAUUGGGAACCAGAUGGCUAAACUUCCAUUGGAUCCAAUUUAUUCUAAGGCUCUCAUUUUGUCUAGCCAAUUCAACUGCUUGGAAGAAAUGUUGAUAGCUGUCUCAAUGCUCUCUGUUGAAUCAAUUUUUUUUACACCACGUGAAAAGCAAGAAGAGGCUAGGACUGCUGUCAAACGUUUUUCAAGUCCUGAAGGAGACCACAUAACCUUGAUUAAUGUGUAUAGAUCAUGUGAUGAGUUCUUGGAGAGUGGCAAUGCUAACAGCAGCAAGGAGAAAACUUUCAAGAAUAUGAAGAAAUGGUGCAAAGAGAACUUUGUAAAUGGUCGCUCGCUUAGACAUGCUCGUGAUGUACACAGCCAAAUUCGAGACCAUGUCAAGCAAAUGGGUCUUCGUAUUGCUUCAUGUGGAGAGGAUAUGCUUCUGUUUCGCAGAUGCCUUGCAGCUUCCUUUUUUCUUAAUGCUGCUUUGAAACAGCCUGAUGGUACAUAUAGGGCUUUGGCAAGCAGUCAGAUGGUGCAAAUCCACCCAACUUCUGUGUUGUUUCGGGCAAAACCAGACUGCAUAAUAUUCAAUGAAUUGGUCAGGACGAAUCAGAACUAUAUCCGCGAUGUUACUAGAAUUGACCCCAUGUGGUUAACAGAGCUGGCUCCUCAUUUCUAUGCCAGACAAGAUUAACAUUUUGUACAAUUUACGAAAAGAGCAGCAGUGGAUUGUACUGCAUCAGACAACUCGAGUGGCAGCAGGCGUCUUCUGCCCAAGAAUUUGCCACCUUUUGCACUUUGUCGGAUACUGCAUGACCCAUUCACUUUAAGCUCGUGAAAAUCAAAUUCAUUAAGUGUUACUGCCUCAAUGGGAGUGUGAGCUCUCACAUUUCUCAAGCCAUUUUCUGUUGCAAGGGGCUGAGGGCAUAUGGUAUGUUCAAUGGUGCAGUUAUAUGGAAAAGCAGCUCAAAAGGAAGUAUAUUGACGGUGGUUGAUUUAUUCACUUGGAUCCAAAAUUCUGAACUCUAAGAAAGAUUUCAGAAUUCAGAUUUCAGGAAGCAGGGUUGCAGGUUCCCUUGACGGUGUGCUCUAUCAAGCAUCAAUGCUAACUUUAGUUAGUUUUAUACCCAUGAAGAUGACAUAAAACUUUUGUGUUCUUCCCUUGUAUUGUAAUUAUGAUACAGUAACAAUAUGCAAUAUGGUCUAAAUACAUACAAUUAUAAGGGCAUUGUCUUUUUCUUCAGUUUUUUUUGGCGGUGUGCUAGUUGAAAGGUGCAUGAUUAAAGGGCAAUGGGCAUCUGAAUAUUUAAGCUAUAAUAUAAGUUAAAAUGCAUGCAAUGCAAAUGCAAUUUGUAGAGUUGAA